GAAUUAGAGUUUAUGUCCACCGCGUCCGAGAAAGCGGUUGCAAAUUGCCGCUGCGUUGCUGUUGAUCUAUUCGCGGGGUUUUUUUAUUUGUGUGGUGCGGGGGGUUAUCUAGACAGGAGAGGCAGCGCUGGCCGCGGCUGCUGAUGUGUGUCGCUGCUGCAGUCGUGCAGGGCGCGAGGCGCGCUUCACUACUAGUCCCGGGGCCCCGCUCGCUCUCUCUCGCUCUCUGGGCAGCUGCAGGUUGCGCUCAUCACCCGAGUAACAACACACCCCGCAUUCCAGGCAGCCCGUGUCCAGGAACAGUUGCCCAGCUCAACAUAUCACUGAAGGAAUAAUGCUCGAAUUAAGGAAUUUGAUAUAAUGGCUGUUGAAGCUGUUCAUUGUAAUAACCAGAAUGGUGUGGAUCAUGCUGUUUGUACUGAAGAUGUAAGCCUACAAGUACUUGGUGAUCCAGAGGUCUUGAAUUCAAAUGAUGAAAAGAUUUUAAGAAUUGUGGAAUCAAAUGACAUUCCAAAGACUCUUCACGUGCCUGAAACCGAAUCGGUGAAGUCAAAUCCUGGUCAAGUGAAGCUCAGCAAACCAGUAGCUCUGUGGACUCAGCAGGAAGUUUGUAAAUGGCUGAAGAAGCACUGUUCCAAUCAGUAUCAGACCUACAUCGAGUCCUUCAAACAGCAUGAUAUAACAGGUCGAGCGCUUCUGCGAUUGACAGAUAAAAAACUGGAAAGAAUGGGUAUUGCCCAAGAAACACAGCGACAGCACGUACUCCAGCAAGUCCUGCAUCUGAGAGUCCGGGAAGAAGUUCGAAAUUUGCAGCUACUGACUCAAGCAGGUAUAGUCCAACAGACGGCAAGAACCAGGAAACCUGCUGUUAGUGUGCAAAAGAGAGAACCCGGGGAACCUGAAGACAGAGGAGCAACUCGCAGAGCCUCUCUGGGCAACUCGCUGUAAGGUCCAGUUUUCGAAGCUCGUGUUUCGAAUUGUUGACACAAGGACAGAAAGCUGUGGCUUUCCAUUCUCGGCUUCCACUGCGGGAUGGUAACUCCGGAGUGCCGGAAAACCACUAUCCUGAGCAACUCUUCCAGAAGCUUUUGAGAACUGGUGGAAAUUGGGACCCAAAUGUACAUCAUCAUUUAAAUUAUUCAGCUCUUCAACACUCGAGAAGACUCAUUAACAAUCUCAGUUAUUUAACAGUCGAUCUUUUUAAGCCAAUUAGAUACCUAACAAAACUGCGUUGAUUAUCCGUUGGUGUUGUGUGAUAAUGGUUCAGUUAGUGUGAGGUUCAAAAAUCGUUUGGCACCCUUAAGUUCUUCCUUAUGCCAGAAGUCAAUGCUUCUUUUAGAAACAAAAAAGAACAUAGAAAUGAAUUACUGUAAUGACUGUGAAAUAAAUACCAACCAAUGUAAAGAACACACAGGGAAGAGGACAGUAGCUCUCACCUUUACACCUGCAGCAUGAUGGUUGGCGUGAUGAACUGAAAAUGAUACCAUCCACCACAUUCAGUUUUUCAUAGGACUUGCAAUUGCUAUUAUACCACUUUGCAUUAUUUUGCAAGCUUCUAAGUUGCAAGAUGCAAGAACUUUCAGAAAGUGGAUUCAUGUUCAUAGUAUUAAUACAAAAAAUUGUUGUUCCUCCUCAGUGCUUCCUUCCUCCUUUACACUCUCCAGAAAUCCAUCAUAUUAACCUAACCUAGCCACUAAAUCUCAUGAAGGGUCUGGGAAUGCAAGCAGAAUUAGAAACCCUUUGAAUUUACACUGAUAGUUACUUAAAACAACGAACAAAAACUUUAAUGUAAAAAUUAGUUAGACAUUUCUUUCAGUUAUACUUUGUGAAAAGGAUGUGUUGAUCUGCAACAAUGUUAUCCAACAAAUGUAGAAGAGGCAAAUACUAUCAAUUUUUGUUAAAAUGCUUGCUGCAGAUUGUUAAGACUAUAAAAUACACAAUCUAGUGUUAUAAUCCAAUAUUUAAAUAUCUAAAUGUGAUUUUUAAUUUACUCAACUGAAAAUUGUUAAGAGUAGUGUUGCUACUGAAAACCAAACUGUAAAGGGCCUGUCCCACCGAGGUAAUUUUUUCGGCGACUGUCACAGUCAUAGGGGGGUUCUCCAAAAAAACGGAGACUGGACCC